AUGAACAUCUCAACUCAACCCAACAUGAAUCCCAUGUUUAUGCUGGGACAACUUAAUAACCCUAUCGAAGGAGAGCCAGUAACUCAAGGCAACAUACCAAAGCCAUUCGACGGAUCCGAAAAGAGAAAGAAAGUAGCUAAGAACAGCACAAAGCGAUCAAGUGAGACAAGCCUCCAGCUGAAUAGAAGUACACGGCACAACGAGCAAAGUCAAGGUUCAUACGACGUAGAAGAUGAACACGAGGAAGAGGAAGAGAAUUAUGAUGAGGAAUUCGAAAACGAACUAGAGGAUUUAGAAGGGGAAAUUCAGGCGGAAGAGGAGCAAGAACCACAUGAUGAUGAUGGUGAUGGCGAUGGGGAAUAUGUGGAAGAAGUAUCUAAAGAUAGCGAUAGCGACAGCGACAGCGACAGCGACGAUGGCGAUGAGGAUGAGGAUCCGCCCAACUCCCCAGACCCUCAGACUUGUUCCCAAUAUCGAGUAAUAUCCGAAUAUCAGAUGCAUUGCGCACAUCAGGACCGUUGCACACGUGAAGAAUUUCUGGAAUCUUCCGGGUAUAUGAAUUACAUGAGAUACACGAUCGACGGAGACGGCAGGGACGACGAGGGUGGUGGGGAAAUGGAAUUUGAAGCAGAGGGUAACAAAGACGCCGAAGACGAUGAAGAGGAAGAUGAAGGGAACGAUGAGGAGGAGGGAGAGGAGGAGGGAGAGGAAGAGGGAAGGGAUGAGGGAGAGAAAGAAGUGGAAGGAUCCGGUGAAUACGACUCUGAUGGAGAGGGAGAGGGGAAUGAAGCAUAUAGUCAACAUAGUUAUGCUGAAGAGGAGACAUAA